UGCUGCCAGGUCCCUGCCUGCCGCCCCUCCCCGGGAGGUUUCUAAACUGUGCGGCUCGCCGAAGGCCUGCCGCCCGCUGGGGCUGGGGCCGCCGCACCGCACCGCACCGCACCGCACCACCAGCCUCCAGCGGGGACCGGCCCGCCGCCCCCGCCCGCCCCGGCGCACGGCGGAGCCGCGGCCCGACCCCGCCGCCCUCCUGAAUAUUUCAUCGGCGCUGCCCGACGGGAUGCCCCGCCACUGACUGCUGCAAAGGGACCGCAUCCCGCCGGCUGCUAGUCUCGCUGCUUCCUUCCUCUUUCAUUCUUCAAACCGGGGCUUUUCAUUUAUUCCGAUAAAUAAAUAACUGAUUAAAAAAAAAAGAAAAAAAGAAAACAAGCAGCAAGAGCAUCACUCUUUUGUAUCUGAGCAGGUGGGACUCCGGUGCAGGUGACUACAGAACAAAACACAAGAAAAGGGCUCUGAACUUCGGAGCGCGGAGGAUGAGGCGGCAGCGGUUUUCCUAUAAAAAUCCGAUCCCGGGGCUGUGACACACUCGGAGGAGGGAAGGCGCCGUCAGCCUUGCCGGAGACGUCCCUGCGUUGGACAACCGCAAGCCCUCGGGGGCGGAGGGGACCCCGAGAGACCCGCCGGCCCCACCGCGCAGUGGCUCUCCCGGCGCCCGGCUCUCCCGCUGCUCUCCGCGGCGGCCGGGGCCGCAGGCGGGCGGUGCUGGGGGUGCAGGCGGCCGCCGUCCCGCCGCCCGCCGCCCCCGCCGCGCUCGGCACCGCUCCGCCGCAAACUUUCUUCCCGCGCCCUCCCCGCCGCCGGCCGCCGCUGGGCAGCGGCGCGGGGGGGUCCGGCGCCUCGCCUCCUCGCUGCCCCCGCGCUCCGGCGCCGGGCGGCGGCUCCAGCCUCGACCGCGCCGCCGCCGAGGAGGCGGGCAGCGGCCCCGGGCGGCCGGAGGGUCCGCAUGGCCGCUGCCGGCGAGCCGGUGGCGAGCGCCGCUGCCGCCGCCGCGGCGCUCCGGCGGCUGCCCUGAGCCGGGGCCCGGCGGCCGCCUGCGAGGACCGCCCUGCGGCUCGGCGCGAUGUGGCCGGCCGGGGCGGGCGGCAGGCUGCCCUGCCCGCGGGACGCGGCGCUGCGGCGGGCGGCUUUCUCCGGCAACCUCGCAGCGCUGCCGUCCCACCUGGUGCCGAGCGGCAGGAGCGUCCGCGUCUUCAUCAGCGCCAACCCAGAAGAUACAAUAGCAGAAAGGAGCACCCUAAGAGAACACGUGUAUCCUAAGCUGAGAGAAUUCUGCAGGGAAAACUAUGGGCUGGAAUUUCAGGUCAUAGACUUAUACUGGGGAGUUGAAGCAGAUGAAUGGGACAGUCCUGAGCUGCAAAAGACUCGCAUGAAGCUGUUAGAAGAUUGCUUGAAAAGUUCUGCAGGUCCAUGUUUUGUUGGCCUAUUGGGAGAGAAGUACGGGAAUAUCCGAAUACCAGGGGAAGUUGAGUCAGCAGAAUUUGAAAUGAUCCUGGAUGCUGCUGUAGAAGCCAAGCUAGAGACAAGGAUUUUAGAAGAGUGGUACUGCAGGGAUGAGAAUGCAGUGCCACCAGCAUAUUACCUCAGACCAAAAUCUGAAAUGCUGAAGAACUACCAGAAUACAAUGGAAUCUUCUUCAAACUCUGUUAAUGAAAACAAAUGGCAAGAUAUAUCAGAAGAGAUUAAGAAAAUUUUUAAGACUGCUGUGAAAUUGCUGUAUGAGAAAGGAAAAAUGAAACACAGCCAAGCAAAGAGAUACCUUUCCUCUGCUAUUGAAGAUGAACUUGAUUUUGCCUUGGGUAAACAAACACCCGCUUUCCUAAAGAAGUGUGUUUGCUACAUUCGGAAAAUUGCCAACAUUGAGCGUUUUGUUAAAAUUCCAGAGAUGGGAAAAUACAUGGAUGUGGUGCAUACAGCUGGGAAGUUUCUACGAGAUCCUGAAGCCCAUGAGAAACUGAUCAAGCUCAGGGAUGAAUUCAUUCCUACCAUUGUCGCAUCGUCCAAUCUGAGAGUGUACACAUCUGUCACUCACUGUGACAUGAAACUGGGUUACUCCCAAGAAGUGGAGAACCAUUACAUUGAAGGACUCGGUAAACAGUUCUAUGAAGACAUGAUUGAUAUAAUCCAAGCAACAGUGCAGCAGAAUUUUGACACUGAGACAGACUUGCUGUACGAUGAAGUUCUUCAGCACUCAUCGCUAUGUAAAACAUACUCCGCUUUUUAUGAAUAUAGAUGCGAGGCACUAAACAUAGUUCACAAGUACGUUCUACCUAGCAAAAUAGGACAUAUUAACCCUCUUAUCAUAUAUGGAGGACCAUGCACAGGGAAGACUCUUUUAUUAGCUGAAGUGGCGAAGAAGGCCUAUUCCUGGUUGCAAGAAGAAAUGGGACCAGAUUCUGACCCUGUGGUAGUUAUAAGAUUUUUGGGAUCCACCGAAACAAGUACAGAUCUGAAGAAUAUACUUCAAAGCAUUUGUGAACAAUUAGCAGUCAACUAUCGUUGCCUCGUACAAAGUUACCCAAAAAAGAUUCAUGACCUUCGGGACUUGUUCAUAAAUCUCUUGAAUGAGUCUUCAUUCCACAGGCCACUGGUGAUAAUAUUUGAUGCCCUAGAACAGCUAACAGAUAGUGAUGAUGGUAGGAAGCUCUGGUGGCUUCCCAUUCACCUUCCCCGUUCAGUACGGAUAAUUUUGUCAACACUGCCAAACAAGCAUGGGAUCCUGCAAAAACUGAGGUGCCUUAUUCAUGAAGAAAAUAACUACAUUGAAUUGACUGCAAGGGACAGAAAGAUGUGUAGCCAAGUACUAAAACAUCAGCUGCUGCGAGUUAAAAGAAAAGUAACAUCAGGGCAACAAAUCUACGUCAAUGAAGCAUUCUCCAAGUGUACACUGCCUAUGUUUGUGAACUUAACCUUCAGAGAGGUCAGGAACUGGAGAUCUCACAAAGAUGUAGAUGAGUCCUCCCUCUGCGUCACUGUCCAUGAAAGCAUAGAGCAGUUGUUUUGGUCACUGGAAAACAAGUGUGGAUCAAGACUAUUGUCAAGAGCACUUGGCUACAUCACGAUGUCCAAAUCUGGCCUAAGUGAAAUGGAACUGGAAGAUAUUUUAGCUCUUGACAACAGUGUUAUGUAUGAACUGAGUGAGAGUGUCAGAGAAAGUAACCCACUGAGAAUUCCAUAUAUAUACAUUGCAAGGCUUAAGGAGGGCUUACAGGGGUACUUAAUAGAGCGACAGGUGAAAAAUGUAACACUGCUGCUUUGGGCAAAUAGGCACUUGCAACUAAUUGCCCAGAAAUUGUACCUGCAAAAUGAAGAAGACUUGCAUGAAAUGCACACUGUCAUGGCAGAGUAUUUCCUUGGUGUUUGGUCAGGUGGACGAAGGAAACCUUUUUACAGUAAUGACCAGUAUCUGAAUGGUUGCCCUGCCCCUGACAGUAGAGGCCUGAAUGAGGAUGAAAAGCACUACGUAGAUCAGACUGCUUUUGACAGGCAGGCACCUGAUCAGCCAUGGGUCUUUCAGUGUAAUCCAUUAGAGCCUGAUAUCUUUUUUAUCAAUCACAGAAAAAUGACAGAGCUUAUUCAUCACUUGACACGAUGUGGAAGAACAGAUGAUCUUCUGUACGGAGUCAUUAUGAACUUCAGCUGGCUGUACACCAUGAUUAGAAUAGGGCAGUUCGAUAAAGCACUUUCUGACAUAGAACUGGCUUACACCUACUCUCAAGAAAAGGAACUGAAAUUUCUGGCCAGUACCCUCCGCAGUAUAAAGUUCAAAGUAGUAAAAUACCCAGGUUCGCUCUCUGCUGAAUUGCAGCAGAGGCUUCUCCCAGUAGUAAGUUCAUUGCCCAAACUCAGACAUCUCCUCUUAGAAUGUGACAAGGAUGGACCAAAGUACUGUUCUAUUGUCCCUUUGCAUUCCUCCAUGGAUGUGACUUACAGCCCUGAGCGCCUGCCGCUGUCAUCCAGCUGCAUGCACGUCAUCGAGAUUUUGCCUACUUUUAAUCCCAGUACAAUUAUUGCUGCUUUAGAAAAUGGCUCCAUCAGCACUUGGGAUGUAGAGACCCGCCAGUUACUAAGGCAGAUUACAACAGCUCCAUCUGUUAUUUUAGGCAUGAAGCUUACUAGUGAUGAAAAGUACCUUAUAGUGGCUACAACAAAAAACACUCUUUUGAUAUACGAUAACAUAAAUUCCUGUCUUCUGUCUGAGGUGGAAAUUAAGGGGACAAAACAUUGUGGAGUUGGGGGGGGCUCCAGUUUUAUAAACGGAUUUACGUUAUCAGUCAACCAUGUGCUUGCUUGGCUGGAGGCCAGCAAAGAUGUUACUGUAAUAGAUCUGCUUUACGGUUGGCCUCUCUAUCACUUCCAUUGCUGGUAUGAAGUGACCUGUGUGCAGUGUUCUCCAGAUGGAGUUUAUGCAUUCUGUGGACAGUACUUGAACACUGCAACCAUUUUUCACUUGGGCAGUGGUGAGAAACUGGCCACUGUGACCUCUGAAUUUUCUGGUGGAUUUGUGAAAUUCCUUCUCAUUCUGGACACCGCGCAAGAAAUGGUGAUGGUAGACAGUGAGGGUAGCCUCUCUGUUUGGAAUACAGAGGAAAUAGCGAAUCCCCAGCUUACAGAUGACUUUGACUGUAGGAGAGAAGACAGUGAAGUUGUCAGCAUAGAGCUUUCUGAAGACCAAAGUGCAAUUUUAAUUUGUAAGGCUCUCAGCAUUGAACUUCUUGACACUCAUGUGUGGAAGGUGGCUGAAAAGUUUAGAGCUAAACACAACGAGCGCUUCAUCUCUGCCGUGUUGUCCAAAAACGGCAACUGUAUAAUUGCUUCAAUGGAAAAUACCUCAGCCAUUUUUGUUUGGAGAAGAGAUACAGGACAGUGUAUGGCAAGCUUACAGGAAAUCUCAGGAACUAUAGUCAGGCUAAUUAAAUCAAAUCAUCAUAACAUGCUGCUAUCCUUAUCCACCAGUGGUGUCCUUUCUAUUUGGGAUAUAGACAUCAUAACUGCUAUGUCCAAUAUUGACAAAUCUGGCAAGCCUAUCCAAAGACUGGUGUUGCCAGCCAGAGGUGAAUUAAUAUACACAUUGGAUGGAUCAGAUUCUGUCCAUAAAUGGAACUUCAGUACUGGAUUUAUUGAAGCUGUGUUCAAGCACGAAGGUAUCGUUGAAAACUGUGUGCUGACCUCUUCUGGAGAGAUUAUGGUUACAUCAGAUGAUAAAUGCAGCCAGUACGUAUGGCACACAGUUAGUGGUGAAAAUAUCUUUCGCAUUAAUGGACAAAAAAUCUCGGAGCUAAUGAUUACUCAUAAUGAUCAAUUUGUAGUCUCUCUCUGUGAGCAAAAUGCAUCCAGAGUUUGGCGACUGGCUACAGGGCAUAGAGUUUGCAAUAUUUUAGUUGCCUUACAGAAUGCAUUUAUAACAACUGCAAAUACAUUCGUAGUCGGAAUGGCGAAGAAUAAAGUGUUGGCAGUGAGUCUCUGGACAGGCAGUAUAACCAAGAAGUUUUGCUGUGAUGAUGGUGCAAGCAUUGUGGAUAUUAAGCUGAUACCAGACUGCCCAGAUAUUGUAGUAUUUAUAACAUCUACUGAAACUGUGAACAUCUGGAGCCUAACAGAGGAAGUCAUCUGCAGACGUGUACAACUGCCUACCAAUUUCUUAAAAAAUUUGGAAGACUUUGAAAUAUCCCCAAAUGGGAAGCUAGGAAUUAUAACCCGUGGUGAUGAGAACAUCAAUGUGCUUGAUUUAUACAGUGGAAAACUCCGUGUGGUUCACGCUCCAGGUGUCAUCUGGCGGCAGAGGCUGUCUCGUGAUGGCCGCUAUCUUGUGUACAUCUGUUUCCGCAGUGAAGAAGAUGAUGACAAUGGUGCGGUCUCUAGCUUAAUUGUAAUGAGGCUAGCGGAUGGCAAAAACAUCGGUGCCUGUUCUCUUUAUAAAACUCCCACUUUUCUUGCACUCUCACAGAGACAUUUAAAUAUUAUUAUUGGAUUUGAUGAUGGAAGUAUAGGUACUUACACUGUAGUGGAUCGAGUUGAUGCUGCACUGAAAAUCAAAAUUGCUACUUCAAACAGCCGUCAGAUUUUCAACAAUACAACACAGGUGAUUAGGCCAAAAUGUCACAAUUACAGCUUCAAAGUGACUGCAGACUGCAUUUGGAGGGAAUCAACGGAAGUAUUUGCAAGGGAUAGCCCCAUUACAGUUACAGAGCCCGAGGUGAGUGAAGCAACACCAACCAAAAAACACAACUAUUGCUAUGAGAAAGUGUGCUCAGCCAUAGAUUGCAGAGGACACAGUUUUGCUCCUGACAACUGAGUAACCAUCGGGAUGAUCUUAUCUGAAUAACAGUAUACAUGCAUAGAUUUGUCUUCUGAAUUCACGUAAAAAACAGUGCAUUUCUUGGAAGACAGACAGAAACAGCAGAGGGCAGACCAGCUGUUUUUUCCUCAACAAAUAUUCUUACAUUUAUGUAAACAUAAAAACAAACGUAAAGCAAAUGGGCUGCAGGGUUUUUUAAUUUUCGGAAUACAAGGUUCAGUCCAGGAUUUCACCAGGGCCUUGAUUAAAAAUUUCUAGCAAUACUAUCAAAAUUGUUAUGCUAUUACAGAAGUUAGGUGAUCUUAUCUGGGAUUGACAAACUGUUUUAAUUAGAACUAAAGCUCCACAUGAUCGAUGAGAAGAGUCAGACCACUAUUUUAUAUACCAAGUCACCUAGAUGGGUCUAUAGCUAACAGCCAACUUUAUACCCACUUGCAAAAAUGUGUUUUUCUGCUUGAUGGUGCAAUGACAAGAUGUCACCUGCCAACCUGGAACACUUGAUACAUUCCAUCAUCAUUUAAAUAAUACGUACUACUUUUUUUUUUUUUUUUAAUUGGGAUUAAUCUUUGGGUUGAAAGUAGUAGGUGCCAGUAGCUGCAAACAUGUCAACAUGUGAGGUGAUAAGUAUUUGUUCACCUCAAUGAAUGGACUGAAAGAUUAUUUUUUUUAAUUGCAUGCAGGGAUUUCAGGUUUCUGUAUUGUGAUAAAAAUGAUAAAAACCUAGGUCAUAAAAGGAAUAUAGGAUUUUGGGUUUUAUUUUUGGUUUGGGGAAUUUUUUCGUCUUCACAAUGUGUAUUAGUAUAGGUUGUAAUGGAAACUUUUUCAAAAAGAAAGGGCGUUACAAAAGAACAGUUAAACAUAUUAAUUUUUUUAUGUUAAAAGGUUGCUAUCCAUUUUGUUGUCAGAAAGUCUAAAGGAUCUCCUAUGUCCCAAAAGUAAUUUAAAUAGAAAGUUUUCAGACAUACCAUGUAUUAGUCUCGAUAACAUUUGCCUUACUAUCAUUUCUGUUCUUUCUGAUGAUAAAUACAGAUCAGAUGACCAAACACUCUGGGACUGCUUGUAUAUGUGCUGAAAUACUCCACUAAAUGUAAAGGCUGUCCAAAGGUCCUUUACUGGUCCAAUUUGUAAUGGGUUUUUCUUACUUCCACAUACUUACAAGCUUCACUUUCUGCUUUAGAACUGUUCUGAGCCUUUUUUACAAUUUUACCAGUUUCAAGGCAGAAAUUGUGAAAUAAUGAGAAAUGCUUCAGAAAAAAAAAUUUCAUUUACCCAAGUAAAAAAAUAAAACAAAACUGGUCAACAUCUGAAAGGAUAAGAAGAUUUUUCCCUCCUUACAUAUCUUAAAGAUAGCACACCUGUGGAAAUAUUUUCAAAUCAUUUAAACAAAACAGUUUUAUUUUUAAAAUCAGAACGCCAUGCCACAAAUUUUCAAGAAAUGAAUGCUAAGCUAGAAUUUAAUGUAGUGUGUGAAUGUUCAGUGUACAAGCCAAUAUAGUAUAUUAAGUGACUUGAAUGAUUUUUCCUAAAUUGUUUGCAACCAAUAGAUCAUAUUGAAUGUUUUUAUGUAAACUUUGUAUUGUUGGGAAAACCUACCCAAUCAGAGAUUUAUAUUUUCAUAAAUGUCAAAUUUAGUUAAAUUUUGUUACAGAGUUGUUACAUUAGAAAUCUAUUGCAGUCUUCAAACAAUAUACAGUCUUGUGUAUGCAUUGUUUGUACUAAUAAACUAUGGAAACAGA